CGAUUGAUACACCUUCCAAGGAGUCGAAAAGUGAAAACUGCGCAUUAACGAAAAUGUCUAUGAUUCCGUAUUUGUACGAUUUGGAGCGACCUUUUCGCAUGAUGGAAAGGGAGUUCUUCAAGCCAGACCAUCUUCUCGGAUAUUCACCGUUCAACCAACUAGUUCCGCGGGAUUACUUUGCUCCCCAGUUCUUGAAACCAUGGGAACAAGCCAUGAGACAAUGGGAAAACGCCUUUAAACCCAUCGAGCAGCUAUCGCAGGCCAUGAGCCAGUUGGCAUUAAAAGAAAUGGGCUCCAAAAUAACUGCAGACAACGAGAAAUUCCAAGUAAAUGUGGACGUUCAACAUUUCUCUCCAGACGAAAUAAACGUAAAAGUGUCUGAUGGGUACGUCGUAGUGGAAGGGAAACACAAUGAAAAAUUGGAUGAACAUGGCUACGUGUCCAGACAGUUCGUCAGAAGGUAUGCCUUGCCACAAGGUUGUUUGCCUGACACUGUGCAGUCCAAACUAUCGUCGGAUGGUGUGUUAACUGUGACAGCGCCUAAAGUCCUUCCUUUACCGUCUGCUGGUGAAAGAAUAGUGCCGAUCACUCACACAGGACCUGUGCAGAAGCAGAUUGGAUCUUCCGAACCAGCGAGCGUCGAAGAAGUGUAUUAAUUUUAUUGUUAAAUAUUAUUUUAAAGACUGAUUUGAAUCUGUGCUAUUAUAUUAAGUUAUUCCAAUAAAUUGUAUAUGUGAUAAUAUUGUAGUUUACUUUUAUUUGUUAUUUAAAAUGGUGUUUCGUAAUAGUUGCAUUUUUUUUACUUAAAGGAGAAAAUUGCAAGCAAAUAUCCAAUAAAUACUUCAAAAUGUA